CAGUGUCAACACAUAAUGCAGAGCCCCUGGCGCGGAAAGUAUCCCAUAAACUUGGUAAUACACACGCAACAGAACACACUCUGUAUUUUUGCAGGAGGCAAGCCAGUAAGAACCGGAAUCAUGGUAGAGUUUACAGACCUGGCGUUCCAUUUCCGAUCCCCGGGCGACUUUGACACAGAGGAACUGGAUGAUAUUCUGCAGUUUCUGCAUGAACGAGUCCAACAACAGGAAAAAUCAGAGGUGUACAACCUCUCCAAUCUGUACCAGGCAUUAAAAGGUGUCUCUCACAAAAACUACUGGAUGUGUGCUGACGAUGUGGACAUGACACGCAAUGACAAGCUGAAGGCCAUUCUCAAUGCAUAUUUUGACCAGCAGGAGCAGAACGUGUCCAUCACAGGAGCCACUAUUGAUGAGCCGGUGCCAGAGUUCAAUGAAGGUCAGCUGAUAUCUGAUAUCCGUGGAUUCUUCAACAUGUAUGGCCAAGAGCACACCCUAACCGGAAGAGCGAUUGCUAGAAUAUUCCACGGCAUCGCAAGUCCCUGUUUCCCGGCAACCACAUGGGGGAGGGUGCGGAGAUUCUGGCGUAGCCAUCUUGAUGUUGACUUUAACACGAUCAUGAAGAUUGCCACCAGAGAGCUGAUUGCAAUGAGAGCAUAGCAGACACAAUCAACUUUAACCCAUUUAUGUGUAGUGGACUCUCCCAUCCUUCUAAAUUGGAUCAAUUUAUUUAAAAAAUUAGGGAUGUCUAGUAUAUGUAUUUCUACAUUUAGAAUAUUUCAUACAGAAAUUCCUUUAAGCAAACAGUGCACACCCUGAUGAGACACCGCAUUAUGCGGCAUUCCAUCUUGGUCUAUGCUGUUUGCCAAGGCCUUUUUUCUAGACGCUAGGCAAAAAUGGUUAAAUACUUCACUUGCAAACACAUAUUGGGGCUGAUUUCAGCCAAUAAUAAAGAUGCAUUUCACAAGUUGUUAUAUAACAAAGAUUUAUUUUUCUAUAACUAGGAAAACAAAAAUACAAUUAUCAUUGAAAGCAACACAUUUAUUUUGUAUAUGUCCCCCUUUAACAAGGAAGUACCUUAUAGUGGAACUGUCUGUCUGUGUAAAAACUUCCUGUUUAAGCUUUAACUUUGUAAUAUUUUGAUUGAUUUUGAAAUAAUUUGUCUCAAAUCACAAUCAUCAUAAGAUGACAUAUAAACCCUUGCUUUCUACCUCAAAGGUCAAGGUCAAAGUUAGAUGUCAAAGUCAAAUUUUGCCAUAAAAUAGUUUGAAAUCCCAUCUCAUCCAGGUGUCAUGUGUAUCACAUGUUUUCUGACCUCAAAGUUCAAGGUUACACUUAGAGAUUGCUCUGUCUCUCUUUGCAAAACUUACGUGUGUUAUAAGUGUUUCCCAACAUUUAAGAACAAGGUCAUUUCUAGAGAUCAAAAGUCAAAAUUUGGCCAUUAAGCAGCUUGUUUUUGAUAUAAGUGGAGCUUUGAGAAAAGAUUAGACAUUGGUGCGUUUGACACAUGUAUAGUUAUUUUUGCUUUGGUACAACAAAUAAAAGUAACCAAACGAAAAUUGUCAUCGGUUUAUUUAAUGAUGUGAUCAAAAUGUGUGCUAAACAAGGUCAUUAACGAGUUGGGUGGGAAAAAAGGUAUCAUAAUCUGUGGGGUUUUGUAGUUUUAGUUUUGUUGAUAUUUUUCAUCAGUCUAUACAGAACACAUGAUUGUGAAAAUUCAAUAAGCAUUUUUAUUUGUCAGAAAAGGAACUUGCCCUGUAAGACCAAUAUAAUUAAUGAAAAAAGGUUGUGAUUUGAACUGCAGUGAAAAAUAUAAAAUCUAACAUUUUCACUGAAAUCUGUUUUGUCUACUUAUUAUGUAUUAUGUGUUCCACUUUAAAGCCUAUAUUGAAAUGACAUCCUAUGCAUAAAUGUAUUAUUUCUAAUAGAAAAUGUAAAUGCAAUUAGAUCAUCAUAAACCAUAAACAAUUACACAGACCACAGAGUUGCCUCUGUCAAAAGCGUUAUUAAAUAAAGAAUGAAUAUCAUGAUACCAUAACAGACCAUGGGAUAUUUCCUCCUUCAACUGAUAUUUUAAUGUCUAGUUAAAGUUAUAUUCAAAUGAAUUAACAUAAACAAUCUCUAUUUUCAGUAUCCACCUAUUUCUUGCAUAUUAGCGAAAUUAGCAAAUGCAAGCUGUUCUGAUUUGUGUAUGUUCUACGCAGAAUCUUCAGAAAAAGAAGUUUCAUUUGAUGAAUUAGAUUAAUGAAAACCCCACUAAUCCGCUUGUAAAAUCAAAGCUCACCUUUUCACAAUUCCCUCAAAUCACAUCAUAUGGACUUUUGUUAGAGUAAAACGACCAGUGGUGUGCAAAAUGGUCCAGCGUUAAUGGUACCUAGGCAUUAGUGGUUUCUUCAAUAGUCAAGUUAAAUCUGAGAUUAGUCUAUAGUUUGGCAGUAUAUUUGUUUUGUAUAUAUUGUGUAUUUUGUGAUUAAGUAAAUACAGUAAAUAUUUCCCUAAUAAAACAAUACUGUUCAA